UCAUCAUUGCAUUCAUAGUGGCCAAUAUUUUUUGUUGUUAUUGUUGUUGUUGUUAUUGGAUAUUUGGAUAUACAAAAUUCCAAUCAUUCAUACUGCUGAAGCCGCCUAUAUAGGAUUCAUACGAAGACCACCGACACACAAGGAAACUAUAGAUUUUUUUUUCUCUGUGGUUCUCCAUAAAAAAAAAAUUCCUGGCAUCUGUUUUAUCAUUUUUUGGUGAUCAUUUUUUUUUUGUUCUGGUUGUUAUUUGUUCGUGUGUGUGUUUGUGUGUAUGUUCCGUUACUUUGGAUAUAUAAAUCCCUUCACUUUUAACAUCGAUCGAUUUUAAAUUUCAUUAUUAUCUGGCAUUGGAAAAUAACAAUUCAAAAAACGAAAAAUCAAAUAUCUGUGGCGAAAAUAUAUUAUUAUUUUUUGUUUCUAUUAAAUCUGGAUUUUCACAUUCAUUUCGGUUUUCUCCGGUUUUCAUUGCUUGUAUAAUGUAAAAUAACAAAAAAAAAUUCAUCCUUGAUAACACACACACAAUUUACUCAUCAUUUGUUGCUGCUAUAACAUUGAAACACAUUUUUUUAUUAUUAUUAUUUUCUAAGAAUUGACCAAUCAAAUAAUAAUAACAGAUAUAAGCCAAUCAACUGAUUAAAAAAAAGAAGAAAAGAGAUGGCCAUCAUUGCCAAUGUGGUUGGCUCCGAAGUAUGGGAACAACAAUUGAAGAAUAAAAAAUUUACCGUCUACAAGAUAAUCGUUCAAUAUGGGCAACAAUCAUGGACAUUCUAUCGACGAUACAAUGAAUUCAGCACAUUAUGUGAUUCUCUGAAAAAACAAUAUCCAUAUCUACAUUUAAAAUUGCCGGGAAAAAAAUUGUUUGGCAAUAAUUUCAGUACAGAUUUCAUUAAAAAUAGACGUCAAGGUCUUGAUACAUUGGUGCAACGAAUUUUUGCUGAACGUCAACUUUUAGAUCAAGAACAAGUACGAGCAUUUUUUCAAUUAGAUCGAAGUCUAAAAAGUAGCAUGGAAGACGAUGAUGAUGAAAAUUUGACGACAAAUACAAAUUCCAAUUCAAAUGUAGAUGGUGUAAUAAAAAAUGUUAAUCUUGGUCCAUCAGAAAAAUCUACCGUUCAGCCCAGUGAUUUUGAAUUUUUACGUACAAUUGGAAAGGGAAGUUUUGGCAAGGUUUAUUCGGCACGACAUAUCAAAGAGGAUAGAAUAUAUGCCGUUAAAGUACUCAAUAAGAAAAUGAUUUUGAAAACAAAUGAAAAAAACCAUAUCAUGAGUGAACGAAAUGUUUUACUCAAAAAUCUCAAUCAUCCAUUCCUUGUUGGUCUUCAUUAUUCUUUCCAAACAAAAGAUAAACUUUAUUUCGUUCUUGAUUAUGUCAAUGGUGGUGAAUUGUUUUUUCAUCUAAGCAAAGAAAGAACGUUUGCCGAAUCAAGAGCACGAUUUUAUGCUGCUGAGAUAACCAGUGCUAUUGGUUAUCUUCAUUCACAAGGUAUAAUAUAUCGAGAUUUGAAACCAGAGAAUAUUCUACUCGAUUUCGAGGGUCAUCUUGUUUUGACGGAUUUUGGCCUAUGUAAAGAAGGUCUUAGAGAACGUGAAACAACCAAUACAUUUUGUGGGACACCCGAAUAUCUUGCCCCGGAAGUUUUACGUAAAGAAGCUUAUGAUCGUUGUGUUGAUUGGUGGUGUUUGGGCGCCGUACUCUAUGAGAUGCUCAAUGGAUUGCCACCAUUCUAUAGUCGUGAUAAUGCCGAAAUGAAUGAUAACAUUUUGCACAAACCAGUCAGAUUAAGGGCAAACAUUUCGGUUGCUGCAAGAAAUAUUCUUGAAUCGCUAUUACAAAAAGAUAAACGAAGACGUUUAGGUGCCGUCGAAGAUGCAGAAGAAGUGAAAAGGCAUGAAUUUUUCAAGCCAAUUAAUUGGGUUGAUCUGGAAAUGAAAAAAAUUCCACCACCAUUUAAUCCGAAUGUGAGAGAUAAUUAUGAUCUGAAAAAUAUCGACCCAGAAUUUGUACGAGAAUCGAUUCCAAAUUCGGUAAUCAAAGCACAUGGUGGAUUGGGAACAACGGCAAGUUUGAAUGAUAAUUGUUUUCAAGGAUUUUCAUACGCUCCUGCCGCAACUAUAACGAAUUUUUGAUAAAAUGUAAAACACAUAAACGAAACAAAAAACAAAUAGGCCAUUUUGUUUUCAAUUCAUUAUCUUUAUUAUACUAUACUAUACUA